GCCGGAAAUUCCCGUUGCCCGGCACAGCCACUUUUCUGAAAGGUACCGCUGCGCGGCUGUUUGUGCGACGUUACCUGCGUGCGCCCUCAGUCCAGCUGCUGCCAUGAGCCGCCCCAGCCGGCUGCAGAGGCAAGUUUUGAGCUUGUACCGCGAGCUGCUGCGCGCCGGGCGCGGGAAGCCGGGCGCCGAGGCGCGAGUGCGGGCAGAGUUCCGGCAGCACGCUUGCUUGCCGCGCUCCGACGUGCUGCGUAUCGAGUACCUGUACCGCCGCGGGCGGCGCCAGCUGCAGCUAUUACGCUCCGGCCACGCCACGGCCAUGGGUGCCUUCGUGCGCCUGCGGGGUCCAACCGAGGAGGCCAGCGGCGCGGGGGCCCCAGGGACCCAGCCUGACAAUGCUGGUGGUCCGAGGAACCCCCUCAACAGCACGGGGUCACCAGAGAACCCUCUCGAUGGGCGGUGACAGGCCGAGGAGCUCACCCGGUAGCACAGGGGAACCGAGGACCCGCCUGACUGCGUGGGGGAACGGGGGAGCCCAUCUGACGGAGGGUGAGAUGUCUUGAGAAGACCAGCUGGGUGGAUUGGGGGUGUCGGAGAGCCCUCCUAGCGACGUGGGGUCCUAGAAACCCCCAUGAUGGAUGCUGACAGAUUCCCGACCUUGCCCGAUCCAUGAUAACGGGUCGAACUUCCUCAUUAGGUUUGGGGCGGCUUGGUUGCCGGCUGGCUGAACUGUGACAAGCUGAAAGCUACUUACCUGACCGCUUGGGGAGCCAGGACGCCCGUCGUCGGACAGAAAGAAGAGACACCCUUCUCUUGACCCCAGGCUCCCCUCUCUUUUAUGUAACUCUGAGAAGAGCAUACCUUUUGCUGAGAAGUUUGGGAAGA